AUAUCCGGGUUCCCGCCGCCGCCACCGCCGCGGCUGCCGCCUAGCUCAUUCAGCUUUGCCGGGAGUGGUGUGAUUCCCGACCAAGAUGGCGGCUGUGGGGCGAGUCGGCUCCUUCGGUUCCUCUCCGCCGGGAUUAGCCUCGACUUACACGGGCGGCCCCUUGGGUAACGAGCUAACAUCCGGCAACGGCGGCGCCGCAGCGGGCGACGACGAGGACGGGCAGAACCUUUGGUCCUGCAUCCUCAGCGAGGUCUCCACCCGCUCGCGCUCCAAGCUCCCUGCCGGGAAGAACGUACUGCUGCUGGGUGAGGAUGGAGCUGGAAAAACAAGCUUAAUAAGAAAAAUUCAGGGGAUAGAAGAGUAUAAGAAAGGAAGAGGACUGGAAUAUUUGUACUUAAAUGUUCACGAUGAAGACCGAGACGAUCAAACAAGAUGUAACGUAUGGAUCUUAGAUGGAGACCUGUAUCACAAGGGCCUCCUCAGAUUUUCACUGGAUGCCAUUUCUCUGAAGGACACUCUAGUUAUGCUGGUUGUUGAUAUGUCAAAGCCUUGGACUGCUUUGGAUUCUUUGCAGAAAUGGGCAAGUGUUGUUAGAGAACAUAUUGACAAAUUGAAAAUUCCUCCUGAAGAAAUGAAAGAAAUGGAACAAAAGUUGAUUAGAGACUUCCAAGAAUAUGUAGAGCCGGGAGAAGAUUUUCCAGCCUCUCCUCAGAGAAGAAAUACUGGGUCACAAGAAGAUAAAGACGACAGUGUGGUUUUACCUCUGGGUGCGGACACACUUACACAUAACUUGGGCAUCCCAGUACUAGUAGUUUGCACAAAGUGUGAUGCCAUUAGUUUAUUGGAGAAAGAACAUGACUACAGAGAUGAACAUUUUGAUUUUAUUCAGUCACAUAUCCGGAAGUUUUGUUUACAGUAUGGUGCUGCGCUUAUUUACACUUCAGUAAAAGAAAACAAAAAUAUAGAUUUAGUAUAUAAAUAUAUCGUUCAGAAACUGUAUGGAUUUCCCUAUAAGAUUCCUGCUGUUGUUGUGGAAAAAGAUGCAGUAUUUAUUCCAGCAGGGUGGGAUAAUGAUAAGAAAAUAGGAAUAUUACAUGAAAAUUUUCAAACAUUAAAAGCAGAAGAUAAUUUUGAAGACAUUAUAACCAAACCACCUGUCCGAAAGUUUGUACAUGAGAAGGAAAUUGUGGCAGAAGAUGACCAAGUGUUUCUUAUGAAGCUGCAGUCCCUUUUAGCAAAGCAACCACCAACCGCAGCUGGAAGGCCUGUGGACACCUCUCCAAGAGUCCCAGGAGGCUCCCCUCGAACACCAAAUCGAUCUGUGUCAUCCAAUGUUGCCAGCGUGUCGCCCAUCCCUGCUGGGUCCAAAAAGAUCGAUCCAAACAUGAAAGCUGGAGCUACCAGUGAAGGUGUCCUGGCAAAUUUCUUCAAUAGCUUGCUGAGUAAAAAGACUGGUUCUCCAGGAGGCCCUGGGGUUGGCAGUGGGAGCCCUGGAGGUGGGGCUGCAGGUGGAGGCAGUGCUUUACCACCAUCCGCCAAAAAAUCAGGCCAGAAGCCUGUCCUCUCGGAUGUUCAUGCGGAACUAGACAGAAUUGCACGCAAACCAGUUACAGUUUCCCCUACAACACCUACAUCUCCUACAGAAGGAGAAGCUUCUUGAAGAUACCAAAUAAAGCCAUUUAUUCAGUUUUCUGGGAUAAUGUAAACUUGCCUCUGCCUUCUCCUUCAAAAGUGGAAUUAGGGAACUGGAGUGCUUUUCAGAUGGACUAAAUUUUUUUUUUUCUUUUUUUUUGUGGUUGCCCAUUUUUAUAAAAGAAAGCUGUACAGAAGAAAAAUUACACUAUGUAGGAUUGCUGUUUACAUUGCCACUUUGCAUAAGAAAUAAUUUUGGAUUUUGAAAAACUCAAAAUUUAUAGAUCUGAAAUACAGCCAUGUGACCAUACUCUAAAGGCUAUUUAAAACAUAGGAGGGUUUAGGAAAAGGCAGAAAAUAAUAUGCUUUGGGCAUUUGACUGACUUGGAAGUCCAAACUUAUUUUAGUUAAGACUAUUAAAAUCACUUGAAAAAUUAUGUGUUAGUUUUGCUGGAAAAGAGAAAAUGAUCAAUUGUCAGAUUUUCCACGCCAAAGUAAAUACACCACCACACAUGGAAUAUGCUGAGAAAACUGUCAGAUAGCAUUUUACACGCUAGUCAUUGUCUCGAUUCAUGAUCCUGUAAGUUGUCAUCAAACUAGGAUUUUGAAUAUUGGCCAGGAUUCAUUCUUUAACUGAGAAGAAAGAAAGCACACUGCCUAAAUGCAUAAAAGAAAAAUGCAGAGGUUAUUAAAGUGUAAAGAGGUAACCAUCUUUGGAUUUGUCUAUAUCUGUAUCGAUACGUAGAUAUAGAUAUAUAUAUGGCUCUGCCUUAAUAUGCCCCUUUUUUGUUUGUGACUUUCAACUGUAAUCAGUUAAUAAAGUAUUUAUUCUCUGCAUUCAGGUUCAAAUAACUUGUUGUAUUCUCUUAUAUAUAAUUUGUAUUUAUCAGACCAUGAGUAAGAUUCAUUAGUAUUUUAAGGUAUUUGACUUAAUAGGAUUAUUAAGCAUUCUGAUCUUUGUAAGAGACAAGUGACUAUAUAAGAUUCAUUAUCCUGUAAGUUUCCUUAAGUUGGGAGUUUACCUUGAUCCACACAUCUUCCCCACAAGCAUGUCUUGAACUACAGAAUCUUAUGUCAGCAUUUCUGGUAGAUAAAAAUAUAGCCUUUUAUCAUUAGUUAUUGGGCAGAAACUGUUUUAAAAGCUUGGCGAAUGCACUAACAUAGCUCCUCUCUUACAGGUGAGAACACUUGUUGUUAGUAGUUCCACCUGAAUUUUCAAUACUGUUUUUAAAUGCUUGUUUUAGAACCUUCAUAAGAACAAUGUGACUUCUUACUGAAGUUCAACUAAAGAACCCAUGUACAUUUAACUUACUGAAUCAUUACCACUAACUGGGAAAAAAUGGCUACUGCCCUUAAAUUGGCCUUCAUUAUGACUUUAAAAUAUACAUCCCAAAGUUUUUUUUCAGCAAAAAUGUUUGAGGACAAUAUCCCUACUAUCUAACAUAAUCCUUUCAUUAGGACUUUAAUCUUUACUUUCAAAUUGUAUUUGGCUCCUAAUAGUUGAAUAUAAAUGUUACAGUUACAUGAGAGGGUAAUGAUUUGUUUCAAGGUGGGAAAAACUUAGGUUGGUCAUGGGCACAGAAAAACUAAUUUGUAAAAACAUUUUGUUUUGAGGAAAUGUGAGAUGAAAAACGCCAGUAAUAGAAUCUUUAGUUCUGUAGUCAUGGUGUUAUAAAAGAGCGAUUUUUCUAAGCCAGUACUUGAAGUAAGUGAAGCUAAUGACAGAACAAAAACUGCUGCCUGUGCAUCGUGUCUGCUGUGUUUGCAUGUUUAGACCAACUCAUUUUUCUCUGACAUUGGAGAUGUACUAGAACAUCCUUGGAAUUAAUUGAGUCAUUGUCUGAAAUAACUGUAAUUGUUCACUUUAUAUGCUAUUCAGUUUAAUCUAAAACCUUGUGUUGCCGUGUUUAAACCUUAAACCAAUUUUUGUCCCUAUUUUUUGCAAGGAAAUUUGUUUUUAAACUACUUAA